AUGUUCACAGAAAAAGCUACAAAAAGGGAAAAUAAAUCUUUACUGACACAAAAUUUUUUACCAGUGAUUCUAGCAUUGAGGAUUAUGGUUCGACAACCAAAGAACAACAAAAAAAAAUAUCCUUUUCCAAAACCAUAUUUUAAAUUAAUUUAUGUCGAAGCCAUUUUACAUGUGAGAGUUGUAGAGGUUGAAAAUGUGAGAAAAGCAAUAAUGAUUGGGAAAGGCGCAAAAGUAGUAGCAACGCCAUCAGUUGAACAAUAUAGGAAGCUUACGAGAAAAGAGGGGGAGGGGUGGUGGAUGAAAUUUAUCACUUUGCCUCUCUGUACGUUUAACGACACACAACAAAACUGGGCACUGCUUUUGUCAGCUGAAAAAGCAAUGAAAAUAAAUUAA